CCCCCAGAGGAGGGGCACCGGGCUAACGCUGCGGGGCGUCUCCCUCGCAGUCCCGCCCCCCGCCCCCCGCCCGCCCCUCCGGCCGCCUCUGCCGCCGCGCGCUGCAGCAGCGCCGCCUUCCCUGCGCAGUCGGUGUCUCCGCGUCGCUGGGUGGGACUUGGCUCGGUGGCCAUGGGCAAGCAGAACAGCAAGCUGCGGCCCGAGAUGCUGCAGGACCUGCGGGAGAAUACAGAGUUCUCAGAGCUGGAGCUGCAGGAGUGGUACAAGGGCUUCCUCAAGGACUGCCCCACGGGCAUCCUCAACGUGGAUGAGUUCAAGAAGAUCUACGCCAACUUCUUCCCCUACGGUGACGCCUCCAAGUUCGCGGAGCAUGUCUUCCGCACCUUUGACACCAACAGCGAUGGCACCAUCGACUUCCGGGAGUUCAUCAUCGCGCUGAGUGUGACCUCACGUGGCCGCCUGGAGCAGAAGCUCAUGUGGGCCUUCAGCAUGUACGACCUGGAUGGCAACGGCUAUAUCAGCCGUGAGGAGAUGCUGGAGAUCGUGCAGGCCAUUUACAAGAUGGUUUCGUCCGUGAUGAAGAUGCCGGAGGACGAGUCGACCCCGGAAAAGAGGACUGAGAAGAUCUUCCGCCAAAUGGACACAAACAACGACGGCAAGCUGUCCUUGGAGGAGUUCAUCCGCGGGGCCAAAAGCGACCCGUCCAUCGUGCGUCUGCUGCAGUGCGACCCCAGCAGCGCCUCCCAGUUCUGAGCGAGGAGCCAGGUUUCCCCUCCCUGCCUUCACUGGCCCUCUCCCGGCUCUCAGCUUCCUCGCCCUUGUGUCUGUCCAGGCUGGGGGUCAGAUUGCCACCCCCAGGGUCUGCACUCUGAGGGGCCUAUGGAGAAAGGAACCCUGCAGCCCCCCCCCCAAGGCCCAAGCCAGCAAGUCGUUGGCACCCCCCAUCCGGGAGGCAAUAUCUCCCUUCGGCAAUGAUAAAGACACAGGCUCUGGCUUGGUCUGCCUUUCAGUCAGCCCUCCCUUACCUAGCUAUCAGAACGUCAGCCAUUCCCCCUCCCCCACCCCCGCACACACCCAGCCACGAGGCCAGACUUCCCUCCGCCAACCACGGGGCAAGCUUCCCUGCCUCCACCCCAACCCUUGUAGAUCUCAGCCUUGGUGGAGUUGGGAAUCAUGCCUGUCUUUUUAUUUGGAGCGGAGAGAAGGAUUCCAGAGGUUUAGGGGCUUGAGGAGAAACCUUCCUUGAGCCAUCCUUCCCUGCAGGAGGGCCUCAACCUUGCCUGUUCCUGCCCUUGUUGUCCCGGAGGCCAUGAUGCAAAAGGAAAACCUCCUGCUUCCAGCCCCCCAGCUGUGAGUCCCAUGAACCCCCGCCUGCGUUUCAGCAUUUUGAUGAACACAGACCCACGGACCCCUCUGUGUGUCUUGUCUCUCUCAGAUACACACACAGGCCCACAGACAGAUGGGCAGACACACCUAGAGCGCCACCCACAGUGUCCUGUGUGGGAGAGCAGCACAGGCCCCCGGCCGAGUCCCCUCCCCCGCUGCAUGCAUCCACGUGGAGCAUCUCUGUUCUUUUUAAUAUCUUCAGAAUAAAGUCUCGUUUCAGUGCA